CUCUUCUUUCCCACUAACCCUUUUCUCUUCCUUAAUUUGCCACAAAUUAGCAUUUCAAGAAAAACACAUAGUAACAAAUCCUAAAAGGGAUCAAAACUUAUAAUAAUCCUAGAAAGAAAGUCAGGUUUGAUUCAAGAUAUGGAAAUCGAGUUGGUAAAGUGCGAUUGUUGUGGGCUGAAAGAAGAUUGCACAAAAGACUACAUUAGUGAAGUGAAGGGGAAUUUUGAGGGAAAAUGGCUAUGUGGAUUGUGCUCAGAAGCUGUUAGAUAUGAAGUUAACAGAGGGAAUUAUAAGAAGCAAUUUCUUGGGAUGGAAGAAGCUGUAAAAGCUCAUAUGUCAUUUUGUGGGAAAUAUAAGUCUAAUAAUCCUGCAGUUCAUGUAGCUGAUGGGAUGAGGCAGAUGCUAAGAAGAAGGUCAGGCGAUUUGUCAACAACUUCUCCUUCUAAGAAGUAUACAAGAUCAAUAAGCACAUCCCAAGUUAGAGAUGAAUCUUCUUUCACCUAUUAUUAGUUAGACAAGGAAAAAACACAAAAGAAGCUUAACCUCAACUUAUAUUUGAACGGAGAAACUUAUAGUAGGGAGCGUUUCCUUUUGUCCCAUGAGUACAAAGUCGGAUUAAUCGCGCCAAUAAAUUUCGGAUAAUCUCAAUCACAUCUUUAUCUUGUACAGAGAAUGUUAUUAAUUUCAGUGGAGGCUACUUCAGAUAGUUUUGUUUUAUCUUUUGAUAUAUAUGCGGAUAUGUGAAGUUAUUUUCCAUUUCAGUCACUGAACUAUAAUAUAUCGUCUAGGGGAAAAGUAUAUCGUCGAUUUUCCCCCAUGGUAAUGAAGUUUUUAAUUAGCCUAA